UCAAUAAUACUCGUGUUGUUUUUGGUGCAACUAUUGCUAUUGGAAAAGAUAAUUUUGAAUCCAUUAUAGGUGAUCGUCUUAUCUUUGUUGAUAAGUCGAUGCUUAUAAAAGAGUUUAUUAAAAGUUCAGAUUUUAUAUCACUUAUUCUUCGUCCUCGCCAUUUUGGCAAAUCAACAAAUCUAUCCAUAUUAAAUCACUUCUUUAAAAAUUUAACUCCUGAAACAUGGGAUGAGAUGACAACAUUAUUAAGAAAUGCAUCUAUAAUAAAAGAUAUUAUAGAGUUGCAAAUGAUUUUUUUAAAGGCAUGGUUUCAUCAUAUUGAAGGUAAGAGCAAUGAUAAAAAUAUUGCAAAAGCUAUGUUGGUUGGUAUAUUAUGGAUUGCAAAAUCUAGAUUCUUAUCUAGGUUAAAUAAUCUUAUAGUUUACCCUUUGUAUCAAGAAAGUCAAUUUCAUCUUUAUGCAGAUAAGUUUGAAUUCACACCUGAUGAGGUAGAACUAUUACUGCCAAAGCAUGAAGACUUAAAAACUAAUAAGAAAGCAAGCACUUCAUUUAAGGAAACUGUCAAGAAGUUGUUAAAAGGAGAAUAUAUAGCUAGUAUUGAGAUUCAAGAUGAUCUUCAAUAUUUAUAUUUGGAUCAAUAUCAAGAUUUGGCUAUUUGUACACUUUUGUACUAUGCAGAAUAUCUCACUAUGAAUUCUGAAAAACAUCUUGUUUUUCCAAAUAUUGAGAAUGGUAUAAAUGGAAAAAAUGCAGAAAAUGUUUAUCAUACCUUUUGCUUGGGAAUGUUCAUUGUUGCUUAUGAUCAAGGCUAUAUCAUUUAUUCUAAUUGUGAGGCUUGUAUAGGAAGAUAUGAUGUAAAAAUAGUUUCAAAAUCGGGUGUUGGUAAGAUAGCUAUCAUUAUUGAAUUUAAAAUUGUUCAUGAUAAUAAAAGCUUGAACAAUAUGGCUCACAAAGAAUUAUGUCAAAUUGAAAAGAAGCAUGAAGUCAAAAGACUUCUGGAAAUAGGAAUUGCGUUUGAAGGGAAAAAAGCAUGUGUAGUAGGGCAUUUAUUACAUAGAACUGAGGAUAGAGAAUGGAUCAAAUCCUUAUAA